AUGUUGAAGAAUUAUUCUAGCACCAUUGAAUUUUAUCUGCUUGGCUUCCAUGUCUCCAGAGAACUACACAAUAUUCUUUUUGCCACGUUCUUCUUUCUCUACUCAGUGACAGUCAUGGGAAAUAUGCUCAUCAUUGUGAUUGUCUGUGAUAAAUGUCUGCAGUCCCCCAUGUAUUUCUUCCUUGGCCACCUCUCUGCAGAGAUCCUGAUCACAUCGGUUGCUGUCCCCUUGAUGCUCUGGGGGUUUCUGCUUCCUGGAAUGAAGGCAAUAUCUCUGACAGCAUGUAGUGCACAAUUAUAUUUGUACAUUUCUUUGGGCACAUCAGAAUUUAUAUUAAUGGGAGCAAUGGCUGUGGACUGUUAUGUGGCUGUCUGUAACCCCUUGAGGUACAACAUCAUUAUGAACAGCCACACCUGCAUCUGGGUGGUCAUUGUGUCAUGGGUGUUUGGUUUUCUAUUUAAAAUCUGGCCAGUCUAUGCCACAUUUCAGCUUACCUUCUGCAAAUCAAAUGUGUUAGACCAUUUUUUAUGUGACCGAGGGCAACUGCUCAAACUAUCCUGUGAUGACAGCCGUUUCACACAGUUUAUUCUUUUUUUAAUGGCUAUAUUCAUUAUUGUUGGUUCUUUGAUCCCUACUAUCAUCUCCUACACCUAUAUCAUCUCCACCAUCCUCAAGAUCCUCUCAACCUCUGGGUGGAGGAAAGCCUUCUCUAUGUGUGCAUCCCACUUCACCUUUGUUGUGAUCGGCUAUGGCACCUGCCUGUUCCUCCAUGUGAAACCCAAGCAAACACAGGCAGCUGAGUACAACAGGGUAGCAUCACUGAUGGUUUUAGUGGUGACCCCUUUUCUGAACCCCUUCAUCUUCACCCUCCAGAAUGACAAAUUUAUAGAGGCCUUUCGAGAUGUCAUGAAACACUGCCAUCAACUCCUCAAGGAUUAG